ACAUGGCAGCGGCGGCGCAGCGGCUGCGGACGGCGGCUCCGGCGGAGAGCAGUGGCAGGUGAGGAGCGGCACAGCGGGGGGGGGCGGUGUCCCCGCCUCCUGCCCAUCGUGCCGCCGCCGCGGGAGGGACCCUCCUCACACCCGGCUCCCCUCAGCCGCCAGGCGGGGCGGCGGAGCCGGGGCAGCGGCUCGGCGGGCCGGGGCCGCCAGCAGGCCGGCGGUCGCGGCGAGGCGGUCGCGGGGGGGGGCGGACUCCCGGCACCGCCAGACAGCGCUCCUCCCUCCCGCCCCGGGAGCCCCCGGCGGGGUGACAGCCCUGCCGAGCCGAGCCGUGCCCAGCCGAGCCGAGCCGCACCGGCCGGGGCUGCGGAGGCAGCGCCCGCUCCCGCCUCGGCCCUUUCGCUGCCGGGACGAAGAGAGGCGGGAGCCGCCACCCCCGCGCCCGCCAUGUGGAAGCUCAACAAGAGCAGCAAAGUUCUGCUGGACGACUCGCCCGAGGAGGAGGAGACCCGUCCCCGCGGCCCGCCGCCCGCCGCCGCCUGCGCCGCCGCCGCCUUCGCGGCCCCCCAGAAUAAAGACCAGUUUCUUCAUGAUGAAGUUUCAUCUUCAGUGUCACAACUUGCAACAAAGGUUCAAGGUGCAAGUUUCCGGGGUUGGAAGGAAGUGACAUCUAUGUUCAAUAAAGAUGAUGAACAGCAAUUGCUAGCAGGAUGCAAGUCUCCAAAAUCCAAAGGAACAAACCUAAAGUUAAAGGAAGAAAUGAAGUCUGAAAAGAAGCCGGGUUUUUGGGACAGUUUGGUGAUAAAGCAGAAUGUCCAAUCUAGGAAACCAGAUGAGAUUGAGGGAUGGGAACCACCGCAGAUUACUGCUGCUGACUCUACUAGUGAUGCAGCAGCUACUUUAAGUGACUAUACAGCCUGGUCAGGCUGGGAAGAUGAAACCAAAGGCUCCACAAAAUACACAAACCUGGCCAGCUCAGGAAACAGUUCCAGGUGGAGUAUCAAAUCAGCUGGAAAGCUGGUUAGUAUUCGACGUCAAAGCAAAGGUAACCUUACUGACAACUGGGAAGAACUAGAAUGAUACUGGUAAUGUGAAAUACUUCAUAGAUAAGAAGAGAAAGGUUCCGUGAUUUACUCGUAUGUUUAAACCAAAAUCAAAUCUGCUCAGUAUUGCACCUUUAUACAGUACUUUGUUUUAUUCAGAUUGUUACAAAUUUUUGCUCACCUGAUAGUAAAUUUUCUUAUUACAUUGUUAAAUAACUAUGUUUUCCACACUGAAAAAAAGUAGAGAAUCUAUUUUGUGCCUAUAUUUCACAUUCAGACUCUGCAGUAUGUUGGAUUGUUGGUUUUACCAAAAAAAAUGUAAUUCCUUAGUGAAUGUAUACACUGGUUGUAAAUUUGACUGCCUUAUGUAGGAACUUCCACUAGCUUGAGGUCCUGUGUUGUUUUUUUCCCUGGUAUUUGAGGGCCACUCAAAAUUUUAGUUUUGAUGCUGUCCCUUUUUAACUAAGAAUACUGAUCUGUUGCUUGCAGGGAGAAUGCUUAUACUUAGUAGACUGUGUUUUCCAAAUCUUCAGCCUCAGCAUAUGCUUCAGCUUGUGCACACAAGAUGCUCAACUGUCACAAUGUGCUAUACUCUGUAUGAAAUGGGAAAAUACUAUUCUAAUGUAAUUCCUUCCAUCACAGGAAUUCCACCAAUGGUAAGGUGAAAUGGGUCUUCCAGAGGUUUGGUGUUUUUUUUUUUUUUUUUAUAUUGAACAUUGUUUGACAAAGCUAAGCUGCUCAGUUUUUAAGAUGCAUGUUAUGCCAAAAAUAAAAACGAUUGAAAAUUUGGAAAGCAGCAGUGAGUAGAGUAUAAGAUGAUCUCGAUAUUCAGUACACGUAGUCCUGAAUCUAGGGAUAAGUUGCUUCUUAUGGAAGGGCAUAUGUUUUCAUUCUUAACAAUAGCUGAUCCUUGUUCUACAAACAGCAUUUUGUUCUGUACUGUGUUGUUUCUUCCCCCCUCCCCGCCCCAUAAACCGUGAUUGAAUUAUACUCUGGCAUUUCCAGGAUAACUGAGUAACUGAGCCAUUGCAAAUAUGUGCAUGCACACGACAUCUGAAGCAUUUUUGUUAUAAAGCUCUGUCUUAUUAGCUACUGAUGUUUUAAUUUUUUGGUAAAAGAAGGUGAAGUGUUAAACUUGAGAUUUGAAAUGUAUAUAAGAAUACUAAAAGUGCCUCUUUCUAGCAUAUUGUCUCUCAUUAGCAGUGCGGCCGAUGUCAGAUCCAAAGUUGGUUUCCAUUUUGUUUAUAUGACCUAUAGAAAUACUAAUUUAACAUUCAUGGAAAAAAUCAAACCAAAAGUUUCAUAAAAAAUGAACAGCAGGCCUUUUCUCUCCUGAUUGUUAAACUGGUAUAACAGAAUCGAAAACUUGUUGACUGCCUAGCAAUAUGGCCAGUACAGUCGGAAGAUCAAGUUAGCAUUUCAGAGAAAAUCAGCAUUUUUACAAGAAAACAUAUACCUUUAUAUAAUGGAUAUCUUGUAAACAUAUUUUUGCAAGAAGCUUAUGCUGAUGAAAAGGGAUGCAUGCAAUUUUCUUCUAAGCUUGUACCUUGUUUCUGUUACUGCCACAUGACUCCUUCCUUAGCUGUCUCUUUCUCCUCUCUCUUCCAAUUCCUGUAUGGAAUUACAGUUCCUGCAUAGCUCUUCUUUGGAGAUUCCUGUUGAGAUGUGCCUGGAGGGAAACUGUAGCAAAAUGGUUUUGGUUUUUUUUCCUGUUUUAAUAGGAUGGUAAAAGACAUUGUUCUUAAGUUUAUAUAAAAGAACAUCAGUGUUUUGUGUGACAAAACAGGAUCUUGUAGCUGGCAAAUGUAUUUGUAAAAUUGGCAUUAUAUAUUAAAAAAAAAACCCUAAUAGAGGAGAAAGGGUUAGCAUUUAUAUCGCAUUUAGUCUGUGAGUAAACUCUGUAUUUGCCUUUGGCAAGUACGUAUGCUGAGGUUAAUUAUAGGAAGAAAUUAGUAUUCUUGGGUAAAGUAUGCUGCAUUUUAUAGUUUAUGGAAUACUCUCUAAGGCAUGAGCUAGGAUUUAGUUUGGUUGUUGGUGCUGACCUAAAAGAACGGGAAAAGAUCUGCUAGCAGCCCUCAACAUUUUGCUCUUAAAGAUGGGCUGAGAACUUUUAAUUUCCUUCCUGAAGAAACUGUUUAUACUGUGACUAGUAAAGGUUUUGCCUUGCACAUUAUACUGUCAAGUGCCUGUUUCUCACCUUGAUGAUGUGUUUGGUGCACAGCUUAAAACAAAUUGAAAAAUGUUGCAGUUUAAAUGUAUGAUAAAGAAUAUGCUCACAAAGCUGAAGCCUAUUACAAAACAAAAUUGCAUCCAAGUGGGAAAUUGAGACAUGUAAACUUAAGGUUUAACUCCUAGAGAUGAAAGUUUUGGUAUGCUUUUUAAGUGAUAUUUCCUCAGAAAUAACCGUUCUAAGGAUGAACAUUAUUAAAUUUAAUAUAAUUUAUUGUUAUGCUUUAAUAAUGUAUUUUGUCUUUUGAGAGCUCACUGGUGUGAGCUUUUCUUCUCUUAUGUUUAUAAAUGUGUCUGAAUUUUCAGAAUGGGGUCCUCUUUUCUUUUACCUUCUUUAGAUGCUUCACUACAUUACACAUUUAUGGGCUUAAGCUAUACACAGCUCCAUAUGUGGAAUAAGUGUAGAAUAUGUCCCUUAAUAUUUGUUUUGAAAUUGCAUUUCAAUCUAUGUGAAAUGGUUUAGAAAAAGGUAGCAUUAAGAUUGUAUGAUAAGAUUGCACAAAAUAAAAUAUAGUUUAUACUGCUUUCUCGUAGCCAAUCUGCAUGAUUGUUGGCGUGGUUUUAACGGGAAUUAAAAGCUUCAUGUGGCUGUAACUAGUCACUUAACUCUAAGCAAAGUUCUUUCUGAGUAUUUCUAUUUAUUAGCAUCAUUUGCAAAAAGAAAAAUAGUAUUUUCCAUAUGAAUAAAGAUUUAGUUUGAACUGAAAUGCCUUAUUCUUUGAUUUAUUUUUUUGUCCCAUUUUGUCAUAUGAAUUUCUUUCCAUCUGCGUGGCUGUUACUUGCAUCACUGUAGAAUAUGGCCAAGGAAGUAAUAGCUAUGUUUGUCCAAACUCAAUGACUCAUGCCGUCUCAGAAGCUGCAGCAUCCUAGAUUUAAAGCAUCACCCAUUGCUUUCCUAGUGGGAAGAAUUCAUUGGUUUUGACAAAAUGCAAAUAUUUUGUUCUACUGGUAUUUAUUGGUUUAAACAUUUAUUUUAUUUUUUCUUUUAAUUUAUUGGCUGUUACGAAAGCUUGGGCAGAGCAGCAUUCUUUCCCUAAAGAUUUCACCAGCUACGUGUAAACUGGAGGACCUAGAAUGCUUUUGCACACACUGACCCCAUAACGAGGUGAGACCUGCACGUCCCAACAGCAACCAAAGUGAGAUGCAGCCACUGUUACCAGCAGACGGGAUAUAGAAAGAGGUGUGUUGUCAGCUUCUUGUUCUUCCACUCUAGUCCGCUGCCUUGGUUUUUGUCUAAAUAGACUUAGCAGGGAACAUUUAGGCAAAAUGUUUCUUAUCAGAGUGUGUGCACUGAAACGGAAAACUUUAUUCAUACAAGUUACAACCUUAGGGAAAACCCUUGUAUCAAGAUGCCUCUGACUAUAACCAGGUGGGUCAGGCCACAUCUGGGCAGGGAAGGGGCGCGCAGGCACCUGCAUUUCCAGACCCUGGCUAUGCAAGGACCCUUUCUAAAUUUUGAGCACAGCUGUUCCCACAGCCCAGGUGAAUUCAGCCUGGCAUCUGUCUCGAUUUCCAAACCUUUCUGAAAUUCUUGUUUAUGAAUGUCAGAUGACAAAACUGUAUGUCCUGUCACUGUACAGUCUGAAAAGAACACAAAUGCAUGUGUUAUUUACCUGUUUCUUGCAUAUCUAUCUAAACUGUUCUUGCUGAACAGGUUGGGUUUUUUUCCCUGCUAGUUGGUUUCUGAUGUGGAAGUAUCUAGGAAAUGAAAACAGCACUGUGAAGAAGAAAAAUAAUUUCCUAAAAGGCUUAGUCACUGGUGAAAGUUUGCGAAGGCAUAUAUCAUUAGAUAUCUGUCUCUUGAAAAUAUCUUGUAGUGUGACUGCUUUCUACCGUACAAGACAGGGAAUCUGACAGAUAGGCAAAGAAUCCAGUUUAGAAAUUGAAGAGAGUUGCAUUUAUUGUAAGUGCAAUCAGUGUGAUAGCAGAAAAAAAUACUUCUAUCGUUAUGAAAUAAUGAAGAGUAUGAAAACAAUCAGAAAAUAGGGAUAUAAAUAAUAGAAAAUGAUAUGAAAUAUGUAAUAGUAAACAGUGUAAGGAGAAGAUUUUUUCAUAUAAUAUUUACCAACUCUUAUCACUGAUAUGGAAUAAAGAAAUACCUGCUCUGCAUUUGGGAAGAAAAUUUCCCUAUUCUGCAUCUAAUAUUUACUAAAAGAUGCAAGAAAGCUACUGUAUUCUUUUCAAGUCUGUAAUAAUCUGGUAAAAGCUUUGCUGUGGCACUGCAAUUUUUAUGCUUUCGAGACCCAAAUAACACUAGUGAAAGCUUAAUAACACAUUUCGAACUCUGAGUUUGCUAUUGCAAAAGAAAACGCGUUCUGCUCUGCGGAGAAAAAUGCACAGCUGUAUUUUGUAAGACCAGUUUGUCCACUACUGAAAAUAAUCCUGUCAUAUUUUCCUUUCUGGUUGCUCUAACCCCAUGUACUGAGAAGACUAACUGAACAGUUGAGUUUAAGUAACUUUUCAGAGAAUUAGCUGGUUUAAUCAUU